AUGGCCUCUUUUCCAGAGCUGAUUCAAAAACUUCAGGAAGAGCUCAUUUGCCCCAUCUGCAGAGACUACUUUACAAACCCAGUGUCCAUUGAGUGUGGAUACAGUUUUUGCCAUAGUUGCCUCAGCAGCAGCUGGCAGGAAGCCUCAAGCCCUUUCUCCUGUCCAGAGUGCAGGGUUGUAUCCCAGCUGAGGAAUCUCCAAACCAAUUGGAGACUUGGGAAAUUGGCAGCCAUUGCCAAAAACCUAAGACCUCAUACUAUCAAGAACCCUGGAGGCCAUGGGAAGUGUGAGAUACAUCAGAAGAUGAAGACACUGUUCUGUGAGGAUGAGCAGAGCCCAAUCUGCCUGUCCUGUUCUGAGUCCCAGCAGCAUAAGGCUCAUCAACUGCAUUGUAUAGAUGAGGCUGCUGAGAACUUCAGGAUAAGUAAUAAAAUCCAAGAAAAUGUGACAGAUUUUUGGAGGAAAACUGAAGAUGUUUUGAAACAGAUAUCUAAUGAGAAGAGGAAAGUGGCAUUAUUGGAGGAGGAAGUGAAGAUUCAAAAGCAAACUAUUACUUCUGAAUUCCAGAAAGUACAAAGGCUCUUGGAUGAGGAGAAACAUAAGUAUCUAUCAAUUGUGCAAAGGCAGGGAAGGGCCAAUUUGAAAGGCCUGAAGAGGACAAUAAAGGAACUGUCCCAUCAGAGUCAAGAAUUAAGGAAGAGGAUCAAAGAGUCAGUGGAAGUGUGUAGGAAACCAGAUGUGAAUUUGCUCCAGGUUGUUAGAGGUGUGUUAAACAGGAAUGAAUCUGUGAUCCACAAGGAAAUAGAUAUGUUUCACAUAAACACAAUUGUUCGACCCAUCCCUGGAAUUAUGGAAAUGCUUUUAAAAUUUAAAGUGGACAUCACUCUGGAUCGUGAAACAGCCAGUCCAGAUCUCAUCAUCUCUGAAGAUCUGAAGAGUAUGAGAUAUGGAGGUGCACAGGAAGAAGUGCCCAAAAACAAUGAGAGAUUCCCUGAUUUUGCCCAAGUUCAUGAUACUCAGUCCUUCAUUUCAAGUAGAUCCUACUGGGCAGUGGAGGUGCCAGACAACACUGAGUGGUGUGUUGGCAUCUCCAAAGGACCAGCUGAGCCUGAAGACUUCUUUGUGCUUAUGGCUAUACAGAGUCACAGUGGCUGCCAUCUUUAUGCCACAGGCAAGCACCACCUUUCUUCUGAACCUGAUGUGAAAUAUUUCCAGAAUUAUGAGUCCAGCUUAAGUGGGAUUUUCCUUGACUAUGAACAUGGAAAGAUAUAAUUUUAUAAUGUUCAAAAAAGAACUCUAAUUUUCUCUUUCCCAACUACUUCCUUCUCAGGACCCUUCCUGCCCUUCUUCUGUCUUUCUAAGAAAGUCCUGGCAAAUGAUUACUCUCUCCUGAUCUGUCCCUAG